CUGGAAAGAGGCCAAGCUGAAAACCUGAACUGACUGGAAAAUGACGGGGCGAGCCCGAGCACGGGCCCGUGGAAGGGCCCGUGGGCAGGAGACUAUGCAGCAUGUUGGAUCGACCACGAGCCAGCAGCCUGGCUACAUCCAGCCGAGACCUCAGCAACCAUCCGCAGAGGGGGACUUGGUUAGUCGAGGACGGCAGAGAGGUGUGGUCGUUGGAGCUAUAGCCAAGUCACAAGAACUGCAGCUAUCCGCUGGAUUUCAGGAAAUGUCAUUGGCAGAGAGAGGAGGGCGUCGUAGAGACUUCCAUGACCUCGGUGUGAACACCAGACAGAACCUUGACCAUGUCAAAGAAUCAAAGACAGGCUCUUCGGGCAUCAUCGUGAAGCUGAGCACCAACCACUUCCGACUGACCUCACGCCCCCAGUGGGCCCUGUACCAGUACCACAUUGACUACAACCCACUGAUGGAGGCCCGAAGGCUGCGCUCUGCACUGCUCUUCCAGCACGAAGAUCUCAUUGGAAGGUGUCAUGCUUUUGAUGGAACAAUACUAUUUUUACCUAAAAGACUACAGCACAAGGUCACAGAAGUUUUCAGUCAGACACGGAAUGGAGAACACGUGAAGAUAACCAUCACCCUGACCAAUGAGUUGCCACCUACCUCACCUACCUGCCUGCAGUUCUACAACAUCAUCUUUAGGAGGCUUUUGAAAAUCAUGAAUUUGCAACAAAUUGGACGGAAUUAUUAUAACCCAAGUGACCCAAUUGAUAUUCCAAACCACAGGUUGGUGAUCUGGCCUGGCUUCACUACUUCCAUCCUUCAGUAUGAGAACAACAUCAUGCUCUGCACAGAUGUCAGCCACAAAGUCCUCCGGAGUGAGACUGUUCUAGACUUCAUGUUCAACUUGUACCAGCAGACAGAGGAGCAUAAGUUUCAGGAGCAAGUUUCUAAGGAGCUCAUAGGGUUAAUCGUCCUUACCAAGUACAACAAUAAGACUUAUAGGGUAGAUGAUAUUGACUGGGACCAGAAUCCAAAGAGCACCUUCAAGAAGGCAGAUGGCUCAGAGGUCAGCUUCUUGGAGUACUACCGGAAGCAAUAUAACCAGGAGAUCACUGACCUGAAGCAGCCAGUGUUGGUGAGCCAGCCCAAGCGGAGGAGAGGCCCUGGAGGCUCACUGCCUGGCCCCGCUAUGCUCAUCCCAGAGCUCUGCUACCUCACAGGUCUGACUGACAAAAUGCGCAACGACUUCAAUGUGAUGAAAGACCUGGCAGUGCACACUCGACUGACCCCUGAGCAACGGCAGCGGGAGGUGGGCCGGCUCAUUGACUACAUCCACAAGGAUGACAAUGUGCAGAAGGAGCUUCGAGACUGGGGCUUGAGCUUUGAUUCCCAUCUGCUGUCAUUUUCAGGAAGAAUCCUGCAGUCCGAGAAGAUUCACCAGGGUGGAAAAACAUUUGAUUACAACCCACAGUUUGCAGACUGGUCCAAAGAAACAAGAGGCGCGCCAUUGAUCAGUGUGAAGCCACUAGAUAACUGGCUACUGAUCUAUACACGCAGGAAUUAUGAAGCAGCCAACUCACUGAUACAAAACCUGUUCAAAGUCACUCCAGCUAUGGGUAUUCAGAUGAAAAAGGCAAUCAUGAUCGAGGUAGAUGACAGAACCGAAGCUUACCUGAGAGCCCUGCAGCAGAAGGUCACAUCAGAUACCCAGAUAGUUGUCUGUUUAUUGUCAAGUAACCGGAAAGACAAAUAUGAUGCCAUUAAAAAGUACCUGUGCACAGACUGCCCCACACCAAGUCAAUGUGUAGUGGCCAGGACCCUGGGCAAGCAGCAAACAGUCAUGGCCAUCGCCACUAAGAUCGCCCUGCAGAUGAACUGCAAGAUGGGUGGCGAGCUCUGGAGGGUCGACAUGCCUCUGAAGCUGGCCAUGAUUGUUGGCAUCGACUGUUACCAUGACACCACGGCCGGGCGGAGGUCUAUUGCAGGAUUUGUUGCCAGCAUCAACGAAGGGAUGACCCGCUGGUUCUCCCGAUGCAUCUUUCAAGACCGUGGACAGGAGCUAGUGGAUGGACUCAAGGUGUGCUUGCAAGCUGCCUUGAGGGCUUGGAGUGGAUGCAAUGAGUACAUGCCCAGCCGAGUCUUCGUGUACCGAGAUGGUGUGGGGGAUGGGCAGCUGAAGACCCUGGUCAACUAUGAGGUCCCACAAUUCCUGGACUGCCUCAAGUCAGUUGGGAAAGGAUACAACCCAAGACUGACAGUGAUCGUGGUAAAGAAGCGGGUCAAUGCCAGGUUUUUUGCUCAGUCUGGUGGAAGACUCCAAAACCCACUUCCAGGGACAGUCAUCGAUGUGGAGGUCACCAGGCCCGAGUGGUAUGACUUUUUCAUUGUGAGCCAGGCAGUGAGGAGUGGGAGUGUUUCCCCAACCCACUACAAUGUCAUCUACGACAGCAGUGGCCUGAAGCCUGACCACAUCCAGCGGCUAACAUACAAGCUCUGCCAUGUCUAUUACAACUGGCCUGGUAUCAUCCGUGUGCCUGCACCCUGCCAGUAUGCACACAAGUUAGCCUUCCUCGUGGGCCAGAGCAUCCACAGAGAGCCGAACUUAUCUCUAUCCAACCGCCUCUACUACCUCUAA